UUAACUUUAAUGAAUCUGUAGGACAUUUGAAAUAUUGUCAAUGAUAGAUAUUGUGUGAUUAAUUUAGGUCACCCAUUCAUUGACUCAGUGAAAUUAAAAAGUAAAUUGAUGUUUGAAUCAGAUUUUCUGUAUUUCCUCCCCUGUGAAUAUUGAGCCAAAUUCCCUUAUUAUUUUUUGUUUUAUAUUUUAAUUGAUUUUACAGGUGAUAAUGAGAUGAUAAAGGCCUCGGGUUAACUGUUAGGAUGUUCAGGAUAAAUAUUUUAACCAAUGCAGCAGUACUGUAUCCUGUGUUGAUGAAAUCUACUUAUAUUUAGUGUUGUAGCUAUUGACAAUUUCUGAAUAGUGUUGUCAUUAUUGUGGUUUUUUUGGUUAUCAUAGACAUUUGUAGUACAUAAUAAAUGGCAUUUAUAUUGAUAAACAUGAUCAAGCAGUAGCUACAUUGAAGCCAGACCUUUUGUGUGUCCGGUACAGUUGCUAGCCAUUCAUUAUUUUUUUUAUCUGUUUUUGAUAGUCAGUAUGAAGUGUCAGUCAUUAAGAGUUGUUCUCUUAUCAGUUGGGAAUAAUGUUAGUGUGUUAUAAAGUACAGUAGUGUGCAGAAGGUAGGUUAGGUUAAUGGAGUGUGGCUUUGUGUGAAAUUUUAGGUAACUAUUGGGGGAAAUGUGAAGGACUAGAUCAUUGUGGUUGUCACUUUAUAAUGCUUUUUAUUAAAUUCUUUACCCAUUUUUGUUAGUCUGAUCAUUAGGGUAUCUUGAAUUGUGGUGUUCAUUCUUUAUACUACAUUAUGCUUCAAAUGCUUGUUGUUGACACUUAAAAUUAAUAUUUUCAUCAUUGUGACGCAUCAAAUUAAAAAAAGAAAGUUUUUGAAAUUGUCAUGGGAGAAAUCUUGAUUUAGGGGGAGGGAGAUAUUGCUGCCAUUAGGUUUUUCAGAGAAGUAGCUUUGAUGCACGUCCUUUUGGUGUACAUGACAGAUAUUGACGAGUUAAUCCUAAUUUCUUCUAGGGUGGAGCAAAGAGCGACACAAUGCUUUAACUUGACAUGGUGGAAAUCACUGCGACCACGUGACGACACCAGAUACCGGCUAAAGUUCUCAGACCCGAAGGUUUGCAAGAGCUUCCUGCUGACCUGUUGCCCCCAUGAGAUCCUCUCUUCAACGCGUAUGGACCUGGGCGAGUGCCCCAAGGUUCAUGACCUUGCACUUCGGGCAGAUUAUGAGCAAGCAUCAGCUCAGAAAGACUACUUCUAUGACAUUGAUGCAAUGGAACACCUGCAAUCAUUCAUCACAGAUUGUGACAGACGAACAGAAUCUGCCAAGAAGCGGUUAGCAGAGACUCAAGAGGAGUUGAGUGCAGAGGUUGCAGCCAAAGCUAAUAAAGUCCAUGACCUGGCAGAACAGAUAGGAAAGAAGUUGGCAAGAGCUGAAGGUCUCGGUGCUGAUGGAAUGGUUGAGGAAAGCAUGAAACUUAUGGAAGAAGUAGAAGACUUACGUAAGCGCAAAGCUGCUGCUGAGCAAGAGUAUCGUAAUUCCAUGCCCGCCUCAAGUUACCAACAACAGAAAUUGCGUGUCUGUGAAGUUUGUUCGGCUUACCUGGGUAUCCAUGAUAAUGACAGACGUCUGGCUGACCACUUUGGUGGGAAGCUUCAUUUGGGCUUCAUCAAGAUAAGAGAAAAGCUUGAGGAUUUAAAGAAAACGGUGGAAAGUCGGAGAGAGAAACGCCGGGAAGAGAGGGAGCUUGAAAGAAAUGCUCGCUUUGGUGAAAUUGCUGAUUACGAUGUCACCAGGGAUCAUGAUCGUGAACGAGAACGUUACCGUGAGAACGAUCGUGACAGAAGAGACCGAUAUCGGGACGGUGACAGAGAGAGGCGACGACGGAGGUCAAAAUCUCGCUCCAGGUCCCGUGAGAGGCGCCGUCGCCGUUCCAGAUCUCGUGAGCGUUACUACAGAUCCCAUUCAAGAUCAAGAUCACGAGACCGCAGACGUAGAAGUAGGUCAAGGCGCAACAGGAGGUCAAGGUCAAGAGAACGUCAUACUCGCUCACGUGAAAGGUCGGCAUCCAGAGAGAGAACCUCGAGGGACAGAGCAUCACGGGAAGUUGAAGACAGAAAAUUACAGGAGCAUAUACAACCAGAGGCACCAGAGAGGGACGGAUCUCCUGAAAAUGGUGAAAUUACAGAUGACAGGUCCAGAGACGGCAUAGAAUGAGGCAAACAUAACAUACUGUGGUACCAACGAAUUUAUGUAUUCAGAAGAACCAGCCACUGAGUGUUUUAGAUGUUAUUCAUUGUUUUCCAUAUAAAUGUAUUUACUUUGUUGACCAUUCACAAUACAUCAUAUGCAAUGAUCAUUUUCUCUCAAUGUCUUGUGGCAAGUUACUAUAACCAUUUACAUGACACAUUUUAGUGUCUUUUCAUCUACAUUUUACUGUAAUUUAUGAAUUUAGGUAAAUCACCUCCAGAUACCUGAUUUACAACCUGAGAUAGUUAUUAGGAUUCUCCCUUUCCUCCCCUUAACAUCAGCACACAAUGUACUGACCAAAUUUCAUUUUUCUUUUACUUCCCAGCUUACAAAAGACUUCACUUACUGUCUAAAUAUGAUGUUUGGGGGAUGGUAAGGUAACCUGUCUCGCAUGCACACUACCAUAAGAGGUCUUAAUUAUUACAUUUCUUUUGUAAUAAGAUUUUUUUUCAUUACAUACCAUACUAAUGAAUUGCCAUUGGCAGUGCUUAUUUAUAAAUUAAUGCAUUGAUUGCUAAGGCAAGAAAUGCAUGAAUGGGUUAUCAAUUGCAAUUCUAAAAUCCUUCAAAACUAGAUCAUGUAGUAAAUGUGUUUGGCCCGGCAUAUAGAUUAUGCCAAGCUAUGUCAAUUCUGCAUAUAGACUAUGCAGUGCUACCAGUUAUUCUAGACCAGUCUUCAUAGGAGAUGAAUAGUGAUGGCCUGAAUAUGUACAAUAGCUAGGAGCUGUAAUGAACAUAAGUUUUUUUUGGUCGAUUGUUUUUGAGGCUUGACCAGGUGAGCUAAUUUACAAGUUGUAUUACAUGUUAGUAGUAGAAACAAGAUGGUAGUCAUACAGAUUUUUGAUUGAAUUGAAAAUAUCCCAUUUUUACCUGAGUGAGGUUUCAGCUGUACACAUGUAAUUUACUUGAAUUAAAGAUUUGAAAUUAA